AGGAGGGAGCAGGCGGCCGGCGGCGCGGGGGGAGGGGGCCCGGUCCGGGAGUGCGGGAGGCAGUGGUAGAGGGAGGUGGCGGCAGCGGCUUAUCGCACUGGAGUCUCAACCGGGCCGAAGCAGACACUUCUGUGGAGCUAGGCAGUAGAAGCAACCAAGCACCAGAGGCGGCACCGGGAUCCCCGGCUCAGGGGAGGGGGGCGCCGGGCCGGGAGGAGGGGAGGGGGCGAUGCUGGAAGCCAUGGCGGAGCCCAGUCCCGAAGAUCCACCUCCGACUCUGAAGCCAGAGACUCAGCCACCAGAGAAACGUAGGAGAACAAUUGAGGAUUUCAACAAAUUCUGCAGUUUUGUCUUGGCUUAUGCUGGUUACAUCCCCGCUAGCAAAGAGGCCCCUGACAGUGCCACCUUGCUUGAGAAGAUGAAGCUCAAGGACUCUCUCUUUGAUCUGGAUGGGCCCAAAGUGGCAUCUCCACUGUCCCCCACAUCCCUGACACAUACCUCUCGGUCCCCUGCUGCUCUCACCCCAGUAUCCCUUUCACAGGGGGAUCUCUCCCAGCCUCCUCGAAAGAAGGACCGAAAGAACAGAAAGUUGGGGCCAGGAGGGGGGGCUGGCUUUGGGGUGCUUCGGAGGCCUCGGCCAGCUCCUGGGGAUGGAGAAAAGAGGUCUCGAAUUAAGAAGAGUAAGAAGCGGAAGUUGAAAAAAGCAGAGCGGGGGGAUCGACUCCCACCUCCUGGUCCUCCCCGGGCACCCCCCAGUGAUACAGACUCUGAAGAGGAGGAGGAGGAAGAGGAGGAGGAGGAAGAGGAAGAAGAGAUGUCGACAGUGGUAGGGGGUGAAGCCCCAGCCCCUGUGUUACCAACACCCCUCGAGGCCCCUAGGCCCCCUGCCACAGUGCAUCCUGAAGGAGCUCCCCCCACUGACAGCGAAGGCAAGGAAGUGGGCAGCACUGAAACAAGCCAAGAUGGAGAUGCCAGUUCCAGUGAAGGCGAGAUGCGGGUCAUGGAUGAGGACAUCAUGGUAGAAUCAGGUGAUGACUCAUGGGACCUGAUCACGUGUUACUGCCGAAAGCCCUUUGCAGGGCGGCCCAUGAUUGAGUGCAGCCUGUGCGGGACAUGGAUCCACCUCUCCUGUGCUAAGAUAAAGAAGACCAAUGUCCCUGACUUCUUUUAUUGCCAGAAGUGCAAGGAACUGCGGCCAGAGGCCCGGCGGAUAGGGGGGCUUCCCAAAUCUGGAGAGCCUUGACAUCACUAUCUUAGGCUGGAACUUCUGAAUGACAACAGGACUUGGGAACUGAGCCUCAGGGUCCUCAGCCUAUUUCCUGGAGCUUGGAUAUUGUACCCCCCACUUCAAGGCAGGAAUUCCCAAGGGAGACUUGUUUGGAAAUGAGUGUCUUCAGUUCCUAACCUAGCCUUGCUGCUCCAUGGACUUGAAAUUGGACCUGCUGCGGUUGGGGUGGGGGGUUGUAUGGGAGAAGGCCAUCUGGAUCUGUGGAGAUCUCUGGACAUAAUUUGUCCCUUUGACCUGCCACCCCUCACUUCCUGGGCCAGGGUUCAAAUUUGGAUGGAAUGGGACAGUUGUCUAUAUAAAACUCUAGUGUAAAUAUAACACUCCCCUCCCUCAUCCUUUCUUCUAUUUCACUCCUCAUUUAUUUUUCUUUACCGGUUGUGUUUUUAAUUUUGGACUUCCCUUUUUUGAGUAUGGCAGCUCAAAGGUGGAGUACCAGAGCCUGGCCAAGUGAAGAAGGAAAGCAGAAAGGUGACAGUUGUCACCCCGUUUUUAAUAUUGGCCAGCAGUUUGUACAGAUAGCCUGCGUGUUGUAAAUAAAGCAGAGUGGGCUCUUUUGUGUUU